AAACGGGAGGUAAACAAACACCAGCAUGGCUGGCUCUGUUGCUCGAGGCCUCUUCAGCGUCAAUGGUAGUCUUGCUGGCAUUUUACGCAACGUUUUUACUAUUUAAUGGUGCUUUGAGAUACGCAAAUUCCAGGCAUAUAUCAACUACACCAUGUGCAUUAAGAAAGUUCCAAAAAGGUUUUAAAACAUCAAUGGGAGCCUGUGGACCACUGAUUGAUGGGGUUGACUACACCUUCAUUGACGGUCGACCCACUCCACUUCGUGUUGGACAGAGGAGAAGAGCUCAGGAGCAGCGGGAAGUUUCGGCUAAAGUCAUACAACUUAUGAAAGAAACAAAGUUUGCCAUUGAACGCCAGAAAAGUCUCCAACUUGAAAAGCAGAAAAUAAAACAGCAAUUUUUGGAGGAAAAACUCAAACCAAAAGGUUACAAGUUACUACAACAAUAAGCUAAUGACCAAAAAUACAAUUAUUAUGUUUUCCAGAGAUGUGUAUUGUUGAACUUGAAUGUUACAUUGAUAACUGGUGUCUGCUAGAAAAUACAUUCUUAAGGACUACUAUAAUGUUGAGAUCUGUGCUUGGCAGCAUACUGUAAUUUAUUAUCAAUUCAGAGUAUUUUAGUAACCAUUGUACUUUGGGCAAUAAAUACAGUAUAAUAAAUUCAAUCACUUAACUAGGAAGAAAAAAUCCAAUUAAUUUUUUUUUUUGAGAGGUGGCUGGCUGUACACAGGUAAAUUUGUCACUUCUUUACUCUUACUAAAUAGUAUAUAUAAAGUUUAUAGUAGUUAAUUUUACUUUUCAUGUCUGCUUAAAAUAUUUGUAUGACUAUUCAAACAUAUAAUAGAACACUUUUGUGCACAUUUUUUUCAUUUUUAUAAGUUUAUUAUUAAUAGUAAGUUUGUAUACCCUUAUACUCAAUAACAACAUAUUACUAUUUGGUUACAAGGAAUCUACUAUUAUGGAGGUGCAUUGACCACCUUUCUUCAGGUGGAGAAAGCCUGUGCAUUCAAUGUACCAGAAUUUGGUGACCUAGUUUAACAAUAUCUUUAUAUUUAAAACUUCCCAAAAUUACUUGAAACCAUAUGUUUUUCAACUGAUUUGAAAUUCUUUACAACUUCUGGUCAUUGAAUUCUGGUUCAGUACCUGCUUGCUCCACCCAAGAUUUAAAUAAUUUUUUCUAUUUCCUGUAUAACCAAAUGUAAUGAUCGUUCUGUCAGAACACUUCUCCCAUUACAUUCAGCUUACAAGUGCACCAAUUUUUAUUCAAACAGGAUUCUAAUGUACUGUAAAUACUAAUUAUUACACUUUUGACUUUGAAAAUGUAAUGUACAUAAUACAAAUCUAAAAUGAUAGCUUAA